CUACCUGUCAGUGACCGAAAGCCCAGAUUCCAGAGCCUCCGUCUCAUCUUCACCUCUGUCUUCUCCGAUUCCUCUGAUUCCUCGCCCCACCCGGAAACCCUAGCCCGCUCUCGCCGCCGGCGAUGGCCGCAUGAUCGAUGCUCCUUCGAGGGAGCGCCCACCGCUCAGCUUCGUAGCUCCAACCGCAGCAGCCGUCUUCCUAGCCGCUCUCGCCUCCUCCUUCAUCGCACUAUCCCCUCGCCACGCUCCGGCCGCCGCGGAAUCCAGGCCCAACAUGUCGAAGGCGAGGGUUUACUCCGACGUCAACGUGCUGCGCCCCAAGGAGUACUGGGACUACGAGGCGCUCACCGUCCAGUGGGGCGAGCAGGAUGACUAUGAAGUUGUCAGGAAAGUAGGAAGAGGCAAGUAUAGCGAAGUGUUUGAAGGCAUCAAUGUUAACAAUAAUGAGAAAUGCGUCAUUAAGAUACUGAAGCCUGUAAAGAAAAAGAAGAUCAAAAGGGAGAUAAAAAUACUUCAGAACCUUUGUGGAGGUCCAAACAUUGUGAAACUGCUUGAUAUUGUCAGAGAUCAACAUUCAAAGACUCCGAGCUUGAUCUUCGAAUAUGUCAACAACACUGAUUUUAAAGUGCUGUACCCCACGUUGACAGAUUAUGAUAUCCGCUACUACUUAUACGAGCUACUAAAGGCAUUAGAUCACUGCCAUUCGCAAGGCAUUAUGCAUCGAGAUGUUAAGCCCCAUAAUGUUAUGAUAGAUCAUGACCUUCGAAAACUUCGCUUGAUAGACUGGGGCCUAGCAGAGUUCUACCAUCCAGGCAAGGAAUACAAUGUUCGUGUUGCUUCAAGGUAUUUCAAAGGACCUGAACUUCUUGUUGAUUUGCAAGAUUACGAUUAUUCUUUGGACAUGUGGAGCCUUGGGUGCAUGUUUGCUGGGAUGAUAUUUCGCAAGGAGCCAUUCUUCUAUGGCCAUGACAACCACGAUCAACUCGUGAAGAUUGCUAAGGUACUUGGAACAGAUGGGCUGAAUGCUUAUUUGAAGAAGUACCACAUUGAGCUUGACCCUCAGCUUGAACAUCUUGUCGGAAGGCACAGUAGAAAGCCUUGGUCGAAGUUCAUUAAUGCUGAUAACCAACAUCUAGUAUCUCCUGAGGCAAUAGAUUUUCUUGAUAAGCUUCUUCGCUAUGAUCACCAAGAUAGGCUCACCGCCUGUGAAGCUAUGGCGCAUCCGUACUUUGUUCAAGUCAGAGCAGCUGAGAACAGCAGGACACGACCACAAUGACAUCCGUCCGCACUGCCAAUGGAGCAGUUGACAGUUGCUCUUUGUUACUGAUCAUCACAUGGUGAAACUGUUAUGCUCGCAACCUGAUCCAACAGUUGCCUAUGCAUGGACAAUCCUGAAAGAGUUUGUAACUUUGUAUUUGUAAACUUGGAGCACUCUAAUUUACUCCGAUGGUUGUGGUUGAUGCAUACAUCAUAUCUGUAACAUGGUUAGCAAAUUGGUUGUGCAAUGGGAAGUCCUAAGAUCCAAAACAGUUUACUUGUAUUAUGGCGUGGCAUUGUGUAUGAAAUUUAUUAGCAGCAGUUCGAUGUACGGGAUAUUUUCUAUUGGGAUUA